GAACUGCGCAUGUGCGUGAUAGCAGAACUAACUAACAAACAAACAUCAAGCAGAAACGGACAGCAAACACAGAUCACGAACUUUCGUAUUAAUAACUAACUAUCUACAUGAGUUAACUAUCGUGUAAUAUACCUUGCAGUUCCACUCUAAUGAAGGAGCUCCGUCCUGGCUGACUUUGGGAGAUGGGAGUACACAAUAUUACAGACCAGCUUCCACUGGUCCAAGCAGUUUUCAAUCGAAAUGCCGAUGAAAUUCAACUACUAUUGCACAACAAGAAAGAGGACGUCAAUGCACUGGACCAAGAGCGCCGUACAGCACUACAUGCUGCUGCCUGUUUGGGGGAUGUUCAUAUAAUGGACCUCCUCAUCAAUGCAGGUGCAAAUGUAAAUGCUAAGGACCAUGUGUGGUUAACUCCAUUGCACAGAGCUGCUGCCUCCCGGAAUGAAAGGGCAGUGGGGCUACUUCUGCGGCAGGGAGCAGAGGCCAAUGCACGAGACAAGUUCUGGCAGACUCCACUGCAUGUUGCAGCUGCCAAUAGAGCCACGCGCUGUGCAGAGGCCCUGCUCCCCCAGCUGAGCAAUCUGAACAUGGCAGACCGCACUGGCAGAACCGCCUUGCACCACGCUGCUCAGAGCGGAUACAUGGAGAUGGUGAAGUUGCUGCUGAAUAAAGGGGCCAACUUGAGUACCAAUGAUAAGAGAGAGAGACAGCCUAUCCACUGGGCAGCGUACUUAGGGCAUCUGGAGGUGUUGAAGCUGCUAGUGUCUCGGAGUGCAGACAAGGGCUGCAAGGACAAGCAGGGCUACACCCCUCUCCAUGCUGCCGCUGCCAGCGGACACAUUGACAUAGUCAAGUACCUACUGAGGCUCGGGGCUGAGCUGGAUGAGCCCAAUGCCUUUGGGAACACUGCUCUGCAUGUGGCCUGCUACACAGGCCAAGAGGCUGUGGCCAAUGAGCUGGUGAACCAAGGAGCUAACGUCAACCAGCCCAACAGGAGUGGCUAUACCCCACUGCACCUGGCCGCUGUGUCCACCAACGGGGCCCUCUGCCUGGAGCUGCUGGUCAACAAUGGGGCCGACGUCAACCAGCAGAGUAAUGCAGGGAAGAGCCCCCUGCACAUGGCAGCCAUUCAUGGACGCUUCACACGCUCUCAGAUCCUCAUCCAAAAUGGUGGAGAGAUUGACAGUGUGGAUAAAUAUGGCAAUACCCCCCUCCAUGUUGCUGCUAAGUACGGCCAUGAACUACUGAUCAGUACUCUGAUGACCAACGGUGCAGAUACAGCCAGACAAGGGAUUCAUGGGAUGUUCCCGCUGCACCUGGCUGUGCUCUAUGGGUUUUCAGACUGUUGUCGCAAGCUACUCUCCUCAGGUCAGCUGUACAGUAUUGUUUCAUCUAUGAGUAAGGAGCACGUACUAUCAGCCGGGUUUGACAUAAACACUCCAGACAACUUUGGAAGGACCUGUCUACAUGCUGCUGCUUCUGGAGGAAACGUUGAAUGUCUCAACUUGCUCUUAAGCAGUGGUACUGACUUGAAUCAGAGGGACCAAUCGGGAAGGACUCCGUUGCACUAUGCAGCUGCUAAUGGGAGGUACCAAUGCACUGUGACCCUAGUGAGUGCUGGCGCUGAGGUCAAUGAGCCAGACCGUACAGGCUGCACUCCCCUGCACUACUCUGCUGCCUCCCAGGCCUUCUGCAGAAUGGACCGACAUUUCCCUGGGACUCUUCAGAGCGAGGAGGAUGGAGAUAAGGAGUCCUAUUUUUGCUUGGAGCAUCUGUUGGACAACGGUGCAGACCCAUCCCUGGUCAACUCUAAAGGUUACAGUGCUGUUCAUUAUGCUGCUUCCCACGGCAACAAGCAGAACCUGGAACUGCUCCUGGAAAUGUCCUUUAAUGCCCUAGGAGACAUUGAGAGCAGUAUUCCAGUGAGUCCGUUGCAUUUAGCUGCUGAUAAUGGCCACUGGCAGGCGCUGAGUGUGCUGACAGAGACUGCUGCCUACGUAGAUGUGCAAGAUGCCUCAGGCCGCUCUGUGCUCUACUUGGCUUCCCAGAGAGGUUACGCCCGCUGUGUAGAGGUCCUGCUAGCCCAGGGGGCCUCCUGCCUCCUCAACGAGAACAGACACAUGUGGACCCCUCUACACGUCGCAGCUGCCAACGGCCACACGGAAUGUCUCCACAUGCUGGUGGAAAGCGGGGAGGAGGCAGACCUUACCAACGUCACAGACACACAGGGACAGACCCCUCUGAUGCUGGCCGUGCUAGGUGGCCAUACAGACUGUGUCCACCUGCUGUUGGAGAAGGGGGCCUGGCCUGACACCAAGGACAAGGGGGGCAGCACAGCCUUGCACAGAGGGGCGGUGGUGGGCCGUGAGGACUGUGUGACAGCCCUGCUGGAUCAUGAGGCAUCUGCCCUGUGUCGGGACGGCCAGGGUCGUACCCCCCUGCAUUACGCUGCCUCCCACCGCUACACUGACAUCCUGGCGAGUCUGCUGCGUGCCGCCACACGCUCCGAUCCUCUGGACUCCCUAUUGGACCACGAAGAGUACACGCCGUCACACUGGGCCGCCUACCAAGGGCAUGAAGGCUGUUUGGAGGUUUUACUUGAACACAAAACAUGUAGUAGCCAGGAGGGAAACCGCUUUACCCCAUUGCACUGUGCUCUAAUGAAUGGCCGCAGUGGAGCUGCAGAGAUGCUGUUGGAAUCUGCUGGUGUACAGAUGGUUAACACCAGGGAUACCAAAGGAAGGACCCCACUUCAUGCCGCAGCGUGCGCCGAGGACGUGUCGGGGCUGCAGCUGGUCCUACGCCACGGCGCUGAGAUCAACGCCGUGGACCACACCGGGCGCUCUGCUCUCAUGGUUGCUGCUGACAACGGACAGAGUGGCACCGUGGCCAUCCUCCUGCAACGGGCCAAGGCUGACCUGACACUGCUGGACGACAAUGGAAACACUGCCCUGCAUCUGGCCUGCAGCAAGGCUCAUGAGAUGUGUGCCCUGCUGAUUCUGGGGGAGAUCCAUAACGCUACCCUCGUCAAUGCAACCAACGCUGCACUGCAAAUGCCCCUGCAUCUAGCAGCACGCAACGGUAUGGCCACCGUGGUCCAGGCACUGCUGAGUCGAGGAGCCACAGUGCUGGCAGUGGAUGAGGAGGGCCACACUCCAGCCCUGGCCUGCGCCCCCAACAAGGACGUGGCUGACUGCCUGGCUCUGAUCCUCUCUACCAUGAAACCUUUCCCACCUCUGGACCCUUCCUCGUGCUCCUGCUCCUCUUCCUCCUGCCCCUGCACCUCCAUCUCUGUCUCCUCCAUAUCUGUCUCCUCCUCCAUCUCCCCCGGUCUCAACCUACUGAAGCACUGCGGCAUCACCGCAGCCUGCACACCCCUGCCCAACGGAAGCCUUCACCAUCACCACGGCUAAGUCAAAGACCACCAUGGCGCCGCCAUCGGCCUGGACGGGUGCCUUUCUGAGUGAGGUCAUCCUACACCUACAAUCUGACACCACUGCAACCACCACCACAGGGUGACUCCCUUGAGUACACCCACCUACACGCCUGUGCGUAUGUGUGCGCGUAUGGUCUUCUCCUGAAGUGCAGUCAAACCUAUAUGCAAAUAGAGCCCACAGCAUCUAUCUCAGCUCUGUAGUAGUUAGUGCUUAACACAGAGAGACUGAUCUCUCUUUCUGUAAUGUCACUGGAAUACUGCUGUUUGUCCCUAAAUGGUUGCUAAUAACCAACCACAAAAAUCAUCUAAAUAAUCAAUCCCUUUAAAAAAUGUCCCGCAAAUAGGUACUUGUCAGCACAGAAAAAUGACUGACAGCUUAAAGGACUUUUUAUUCUC